AAAGACAUUUGAAAUUCCAACGUAAGCACACUGUCCUUUCCUUUUUUUAUUGCAUUCUUUCUUCCUUUCUUCGCAGCGUUCUUCUCACUAAGGAGGUUGAAGUUUCAGCAAACUUUCUCGCAGCUUUCCUCUCUCAUAAGAUGCUUUUCUUAUUAAAAUAAAAGAAACCAAGAGGCCAUUCCCUUCCCAGCUCUUUGAUCAACCUGUUUCGUUCUCAUGUAUGCAAUCAAAUAACCUGCAUUCAAUGACGUACGAUGUGUUUCUGAGUUUCAGAGGCGAGGACACGCGGUUCAACUUUAUUGAUCAUCUGCACAUCAAUUUGACUCAGAAGGGAAUUAGAACCUUCAGAGAUGAUGCUCUUAAGAGAGGGGAAGAAAUAUCGCCGGCGCUUCUCAGAGCAAUCAAAGAUUCGAAGAGUUCUGUCAUCAUAUUUUCCGAAAACUAUGCGUCUUCAAAGUGGUGUUUGGAUGAACUCGUCAAGAUCCUUGACAGUAAAGAAUCAAGGGAACAAAUAGUUUGGCCUAUUUUUUACAAGGUGAAUCCGUCGGAUGUACGGAAUCAAAAGGGAAGUUUCGGUCAGGCAUUUGCAGACUAUGAAGGUGAGUUCAAAGAUGACAUGGAGAAGGUGCAAAGAUGGAGGAGAGCUCUUACGAAAGCGGCCAAUCUGUCCGGGUGGUGUUUCUCCAACGGGCAUGAAGCAAAAUUUAUCCACAACAUUGUUGAAGAGAUUUCAAUACAAGUAUUAAACCAUAAUUAUUUGAAUGUAGCGAAAUACCCAGUUGGAAUAGAGUCUCGUGUACACGAGAUAAGUAAGCUUUUGGGUGUUGGGGGAAAUGAUGUUCGCAUGGUAGGGAUAUGGGGAACUGGUGGAAUAGGUAAGACAACAAUUGCUAAAGCUGUUUAUAAUUCCACUGCCCAUAUGUUUGAAGGUAGCUGUUUUCUAGAAGAUGUUAGAGAAAGAUCAAUGCCAUAUGGAGGCUUAGUAGAACUACAAAAUAUUAUUCUUUCUGAGAUUCUAGGGGUGAAAGAAGUAAAGGUGACCAAUGUUGACAAAGGAGUCAAUGUGAUAAAGAAAAUGUUGAAUGGUAGGAAGCUUCUCUUAGUUCUUGAUGAUGUGAAUAAAUUGGACCAAUUAAACAAGUUAGUUGGAGGGUCUGAUUGGUUUGGUGCAGGCAGCAGAAUUGUACUAACGACAAGAGAUAAGCAUUUACUAAUUGCACAUCAAGUCAAUCUAAUGUAUGAGGUUGAGAAGUUAGACCAUUAUGAAUCUUUAAAGCUUUUCACCAGCUGGAAUUCAUUUUCAAGAAAUGGACACUUAGAUGGUGAUUAUGUGAAACUUGCAAACAAUGUAGUAGACUAUGCUCAAGGUCUUCCAUUAGCUCUUAUGGUUUUAGGUUCACAUCUAUGUGGUAGAAGUAUUGAUCAAUGGAAAUGUGCAUUAGAUGGUUACAGAAGAGUGCCUAACCAGGAGAUUCAAGACAUUCUCAAAAUAAGUUAUAGUGCACUAGACGAUGCGGUGAAGGAAGUUUUCCUUGACAUUGCAUGCUUCUUUAAAGGCGUAGGCAAGGACUAUGUGAUUGAAAUACUAGAAGGUUGUGACCUAAACCCUAAGUAUGAUCUUGAAGUACUCGUGGAAAAGGCUCUUAUAAAUAUUACGGAAGAAGGCAGGAUUUGGAUGCAUGACUUGAUAGAAGAAAUGGGUAAAGAAGUAGUUUGCCAAGAGUCGCCAACUGAGCCUGGAAAGCGUAGUAGGUUGUGGUUUCACGAGGAUGUUAACCAUGUUUUAACUGAAAAUACAGGAACAGAUAAGAUCAAAGGUAUCAUGGUGAAGUUGCCUGCUGGCCUUGAGUCAGAUGAGAUAUGCUUGAAUGCUAAAAGCUUCUCAAAGAUGAAAAAUCUUCGAAUUCUUUUAAAUCGUAAUGCACGCUUAUCUGGAGAAGUUGAUUAUCUUCCCAAUGAGUUGCGGCUCCUCAGGUGGCCUGAAUAUCCAUUACAAUCUUUGCCAGCAAAUUUUCAUCCAAAGAAACUUGUUGGUCUUACUAUGCCUCGUAGCCGCAUUUUACGACUGGAUUUGGAAUUGAAGAGUUUGAAAUUUAUAAAUGUGGAGAACAGCAAAUUCCUGACAAAAACCCCUAACUUCUCUGGAGUCCCAAAUUUAGAGAAGUUGAAUCUAAACUAUUGUACAAGUUUAGUUGAGCUUCAUCCUUCUGUUGGAUUCCUUCAUAAGCUUGUUAAGUUGAGUCUUACCGGAUGCCGUAGUCUUACUCUGUUUCCAAGAAUUGUCAACUUGAAAUCUCUGCUGAAGUUGAAUCUUGAAGGCUGCAUAAGUCUUGAGAAUUUCCCUGAAAUUAUGGGAAAGAUGGAAUCUUUGACAUACCUGGAUCUAUCGAAGACUUCCAUCAAAGAAUUGCCUUCAUCAUCAAUUCGACAUUUUACUAGUCUCAAGACGUUGUAUCUAACCGGAUGUGAAAAGCUUACAAAUCUUCCAUGCAGCAUUUAUGAAUUGCAGCAUCUAGUGGAAAUUUCUUUGAGUAAAUGCUCAAAAUUGGUUACAUUUCCUAAAAUGGUGAAGUCUGAAGAUUCAAGGACUGCAGAAUCACUUGUGACUCUUCACAGAGGCAAUUUAGUGUUUCCCAAGCUAUCUAAAUUCAAUGUGGGGGGAUCUAAUAUUUCAGAAAUUACCAAUUUUCUUUUGACUCUUGAUUGCAUGGCCACAUUAACAAGACUUGAUCUAUCAGGAAGCAAUUUCAUUAGUCUGCCUGCAUGCAUUAUCAACUUUGUCAACUUGCAUGAACUUCGGUUGGUUGGUUGCAAGAGACUUAGAGAAAUUCCGGAACUUCCCCAAGAAAUGGAAGUUUUAGAUGUGAGUGAUUGUGUAUCAUUGGAAAGAGUUUCAAAUUUGUCCAACAUUUUGGAACGUAAAGAGUCUCAAAUGAUCUCUGAAAUGAACUUGACUAAAUGUUGGAGACUGCGUAACAAUCUGGUUCGCUUUGCAAAGAAGAAAAAUAUGUUCAUAAAUCAGGUCAAUCUCUUCUCCCUCUUUCUCUCGUCUCAGCAAUCUUAUGUCGAGGUUGUAUUUCCAGGAAGUGGAAUUCCAAAGUGGUUCAGUUGUUGUCAGGAGUUGAAGGAUCUUCGCGAAUGUGCAUUCUCCAUUAAAAUCCCUCAAAACUUCAAAUUUGAGAACAAAGGAUUGGCUGUCUGUGCUUUUCUUGAAAAAACCAAAAAUAGGUUCCAUUUUGACACUAAGCCCAAACUUAACAUCAGGGAUUUUUCUAUUGAUAUUUACUUAGAUGAACGACGCACUGAUAAUACACAUUCUACAGGGAAAGGGUCAACUGUAGUAUGGCUGUGGUAUAUUCCAUUCUUUGUAAUAAUGUCGGUCAGGGAAUCCUUAUGGGAGUACGAAUGCAUGAAAGGAAGAGCGAAAAGCUCAUGGGUGAUGCCACCUUAUUUGCCUACACUUCGAGUUCAUUUUGUGCGCAUUAGCAAAGCUGUGAAAAGCUGCGGAGUCCACCUAGUAAUGCCACCAGGAUGAAAACGUCAGUAUGGAGGCAUGGGUGCGUCCUUGAAGAUACCAGCAUACCAACUGAUCAAUCCUCCAAAGCGUAAGACCAGUAGCCUUGAAAUGUGAUUGGGAUGCUAAGGAUUUGCAUCCUUCUUACAAGAUGACAUUCUCAAGCCUGCGGUUUUGCUCUUAUUAAAGAUGAGAUAAGAGGGAGAAGACUGGUCUGCACCUUAUUGUUUCAGAGUAGAUGGUGCCCGCUAGGGAAUAAAGUUAUACCUCCCGAGUAAUAUUAUUUAAAGCUUCAAGCCUCAACCUGCUACUCUCCCAGCAAUUGUGGCAUGGAAAUCUCUCCCUGAGUCUCUGAUCACUUAGUGUUCUGGUGCCUGCUAUUCCUGAUGGCAAGAUUUUCUAGUCAGUGACGCGAGGUUUUUAAAUUUUGAUGCACAACACAUCAACAGUAGUUUAUAAAGUUUUCCUUAAAAAAAGAGCUUUCCAUCAGCUUGUUAAGCUCUUUGACAUGUAGGCCUCACUGAAAGCUGUGGUGGAUGUCUUACGUCUAUUGGCAAUGUUUUUCCCAUGAUGGGAACUGUGGGUGUCCCCAUGACAACUAUUGAAACAGGGCUUGAGUCAGUGCCAGAAAUGGGAUAUGAUGCAUUUUCCAGUGUGUCACGUGGAGAGAUUCGCCUGAGAGGAAAAUCCUUGUUUUCUGGUUACCACAAGCGACAAGAUCUGACAGAGGAAGUCCUUAUUGAUGGCUUGUCAAGAUGUCACCACUGUUCAUUAAAAUGUGGUAUUUCUUGACUUUGAGUGGACUGCUGGUGACAUUGGAGAAUUGCAGCCUAAUGGAGCAAUGAAAAUUAUAGAUAGGAAAAAGAAUAUAUUUAAACUGUCUCAAGGUGAAUAUGUUGCUGUGGAAAACAUUGAAAGCAAAUCCCUGCAAUGCCCUCUUAUCACAUCGAUUUGGGUUUAUGGGAACAGCUUUGAGUCGUUUCUUGUUGCUGUGGUGGUCGCUGACAGAAAGGCAUUGGAGGAUUGGGCAGCGGAGCAUCAUUUGACCGAUGAUUUUAAAUCAUUAUGAGCUCAAUAGUGUUGGUCAGAAGCAGCAAGUAUGUAGCUUCGAGGUUUUGAGCUGUUAAAAGCAGUUCACUUGGAACCAAAUCCCUUUGAAAUGGAUAGGGAUCUUAUAACUCCAACAUUCAAACUGAAGAGACCACACCUACUUAAAUAUUACAAGUGAAGCAAAGGAAGCAAGGGUAUGACAGCAAUGUCGAAAGUCAGAAGCUACUGGAGAAAAUCUUUUUACCACAAUUUCCCAAAGAUGUGAUUGCUGACAGUGGGCAGGUGCUACCCACAAAGACUCUGGAUUCGGAUCCCUGUGAGUCCGUCUAAGUUAGUUUGUGUAUAAAUAUUAAAUAAAGAUAAUAUGAAAAGUUCUGGUUUGAGAACCAUAUAUGUAUUUGUCCCAAUGUCAGUUAUUUGUGCUUGCAAAUACACACAGAAUUGCUAUAUUCAUUCACUCUUCCAGUAUGAAUGUCAGAUAUCAUAUUUGACAAGAAACGAUUUGCUUCCCAAACCAUUUGUAUGGAAGUUAAAGACCAUAAAGAAUUAAUGGCUACUUUACUUCUGAUCUCUCAGGUACCAAUUGCUUGUCUACAUUGCUAUAACCCCAAAAUCAAUGAUGAACUGAUUCUCAA